GCUGCCAGCCACGUGCCUUUCAAAUAACGAAAAAGCACCGAAAAUCAUAAAAUCUGCUUAAAAAGUUGCAAGGUUUCUCUCUUUAGCUGCGCUUGUGAUGCUCCGCUCGGAGUUGGCUUCCUGAGGAACUUCGGAGCGGCCUGCGGAGACACUUUUAAAUUUUGCCCUAAAAAGUGAGGGCUGAAAGAGGACUUUGUGGAGAACCGCCCGGCACGGUAACCGCACCGUUACCCCUCCGCCUCAAGGGAGGGCAGGCACGGCGAGGGGGGGUAAGACUACAUUUCCCGUGAUGCCGCGGGGAGGGGGGAGCGCGUCACGGCCGCGGGCAGCCAAUCGCGGCGCGGCCGGGGCGAGCGCCGUCAGCCGCCAAUGUUGUUUUCGCUGAGUCGGGCGGCGGGCGUUGUUGGCGGCGGCGCCAUCUUGGAAGGGACGAGCCCCCGCGAGCGAGAAGCCCCUUGGCGCUGGCCCGGCCGCCGCCAUGCUGUAUCUGGAGGACUACCUGGAGAUGAUCGAGCAGCUUCCCAUGGAUCUCCGCGACAGGUUCACCGAGAUGCGCGAGAUGGACCUGCAGAUGCAAUGGAUCAGCUUGAGCAGAGGGUAAAUGAAUUUUUUAUGAACGCAAAGAAAAACAAACCUGAAUGGAGAGAAGAACAAAUGACAUCAAUCAAAAAAGAUUAUUAUAAGGCUUUGGAAGAUGCAGAUGAAAAAGUACAACUGGCUAAUCAAAUAUAUGAUCUGGUAGACCGUCACUUAAGAAAACUGGACCAGGAACUAGCUAAAUUUAAAAUGGAGCUCGAAGCAGACAAUGCUGGUAUUACAGAAAUACUAGAGAGACGGUCUCUGGAGCUGGAUACACCAUCGCAGCCUGUGAAUAACCAUCAUGCCCAUUCUCACACUCCAGUAGAGAAAAGGAAACACAAUCCAUCUUCUCACCAUAGUGCAACAGAUCAUGUUCCUGAGAAGAAGUUUAAAUCUGAAGCUCUUCUAUCUACCCUUACUUCAGAUGCUUCUAAAGAAAAUACACCAGGGUGUCGAAACAAUAAUUCAUCAUCUUCUUCAAACAAUGCAUACAAUACAAACUCUUCUCAACCAUUGGCAUCAUAUAACCUGGGCUCAUUAUCUUCAGGAUCGGGGGCCGGUGCUAUUACCAUGGCAGCAGCUCAAGCAGUGCAAGCCACAGCACAGAUGAAGGAAGGAAGAAGAACAUCCAGUCUAAAAGCCAGCUAUGAAGCAUUUAAGAACAAUGAUUUUCAGCUUGGAAGAGAAUUUUCAUUAUCCAGAGAUUCAACUGGGUAUUCAUCAUCAGCUCUGGCAUCUACGUUAACACAAACAUUAAGUUCAUCAAACACAGAUUCACGAAGUGGCAGAAAAAGCAAAAACAACAACAAAUCCUCAAGUCAGCAGUCCUCAUCAUCCUCCUCUUCAUCCUCUCUAUCGUCGUGUUCUUCUUCAUCUGCACUGGCACAAGAACUGUCUCAGCAAACAGCAGUAAUACCAGAGUCUGAUUCCAAUAGCCAAGUUGACUGGACCUAUGAUCCAAAUGAGCCACGUUACUGCAUUUGUAAUCAGGUGUCCUAUGGUGAAAUGGUAGGCUGUGACAACCAAGAUUGCCCCAUUGAAUGGUUCCAUUAUGGAUGUGUUGGACUGACAGAAGCACCAAAAGGGAAAUGGUACUGUCCACAGUGUACGGCUGCAAUGAAGAGAAGAGGCAGUAGACAUAAAUAAAUGUCUUCAUCUGGAAAACAAAUUGAAUACUAGAGGUUUUUUAGAGGACUUGGGUAGGGGGAGAAACUUCCACCACACUUCUUUGCAACCACUUAAAAAAGGGUUAACAUAGCAGUCAUAAGAUCUUGAACUAUUGAUUUUGCUGGUUGUGUUUUAAUAUUGUAAGUGAAUUGUUUAUGCACAUUGAUGUGCUACGGAUACUAUUCCAGUGAGCCUUGGAUUGUUCCAGUGGCCAACAUAUGCAGACAUUUGUACUAUCAAACCAUUUUCUCUAAGCAAUGGGCAUUCUACAAUUAUUCAAUCUUCAAAAUUCUGAUAAGUCAAGAUUUUAAAUGUAUGUUUUAUAUUCAACAGAUAUAUUCUGCUGCAUGUACUGUACUCAAGAGCUGUUAUGUAACACUAUGUAUAUAAAUAGUGCAGAAAGUCAUUGCUUCUUAAAAAAAAAAUAUAAGACAAUGGUUUUUAAAAUGCCUUUAUAGCUUUGGUUCUUUAUGAAACUUAAUUCAGCAGGCUGAAGAAAAUGGUUCUUGUAUACAGCGGGCUGUUGUCCUCUAGGGUACUUGAGUAUGUAAAAACAAAACAAAAAAUGCUGUAGGAUAAAACAAACUUGUGCCAUUAGUCUUUAUAUGUUUCUGCUCCAGAGAAGGUGCAGGCCAUAAGAGGAAAAAAAGGUGUUAAAGUGAUGAUAAAUUUUUAUACCAAAUGUGUUUAUUUUUUUGUGCAAGUAAUCCUUUAAAUUUGAAUUGUAUUAGGUGUUAAAAUAAAGCAACCUCAACUCCUC